AUGAAUAAUAUCACUUCGCCAUUUCUCUCUGUGAGCACAUCUUUCGGCUCCAGAAGCCCCAGACCAAACAGCGACUUCUCAAGUCCAAGCUCAACAACAACCUCACCACCCUCCUCUCCAACCUCCACACACUCACCUCAGAGCUCUCCACACCACCUCUUCACCCUAUCAUUCCUUCCCCCCAAAGUCCUCACCCACACAUUCCGAGAGCAGCUUGAGCGUCUCGGGCAUAUAACUAGCCCUGGGAAUCUGUCAACCCGCCCGCGCCCAAUCUCCGACAAUCCCAACAAUGCUGUCACCGUGAUCCCCCACGCUGUCCUACGCGGCCGCUCAGCAAUGGUUGUCCGCCGCCGACCGUCUAAGAUCGACAUGGCACUGAGCGAAGAGCGAUCACGAUGCGAUGAGGACUCUAUUGAGAGACAGGGGCUGGGGCUGAUGGAGCCUCGGCCGGUGGAUCUGGGGAUUGGAGAGGUAAAGCCCAACUUUGUGAUGGGCGGCAUCUUUGAGGUUAUGGAGGAGCAGGCUUAG